GUCUACAUUCGGGCUUUUAUGAUGGAGUGCAUGUUGUCAGGCUCUAACCGGAAGUGCUGGAUGAAUAGCUGAAUUUGUACAGCUGUGAAGUCUCUGACCAUCAGGUCUCUGUGUGUGGUGUUAUAGAGGACAGUCAUGUCCUCAGACCUGCUGGUGGAUCUGCACGAUGAGCUGGGAGGAGACGAUUCUCCCAGUGCGGCUCUCGACCAGCUCAAAUUGGUGCCAGAAAAGCAGUGGCCGCAGGAUGACCCCGUCAGCAACAGCAAGUCUACUACAGAUAUCAAGAGUCUCAGUGAAGGCUCUCACCUGGCAUGGGAUGAUCCCUUUUAUGAUAUUGCGAGGCAUCAAAUAGUGGAAGUAGCAGGUGAUGAUAACUUUGGCCGCAAAGUGAUAGUGUUCAGCGCGUGCCGCAUGCCCCCACAACAUCAGCUAAACCACCACAUGUUGCUGAUGUACCUGAAGCAGACACUGGAUAAGUAUGUGGAGAGUGAUUACACACUGAUCUACUUCCACCAUGGCAUGACCAGUGAGAACAAGUUGUCCCUCAGCUGGCUGCGAGACGCCUACCGCGAGUUUGAAAGAAAGUAUAAGAAGAACAUUAAAGCAUUCUACAUUGUCCAUCCCACCAUGUUUAUCAGAACUGUCCUCAUCUUCUUCAAACCUUUGAUCAGCUUCAAAUUUGGCCGUAAAGUCCACUAUGUGAACUAUCUUAGUGAACUGGAAGAGAUAGUGAAGUGUGAUCAGCUGGUUAUUCCCAGUCGAGUCAGAGAGUAUGAUGAUAAAAUCCGUAUGAACCUGAAGCCGUCUGUGGUACCUGGCCCAAUUUCUCCCGCUCACAGCCCUCCUCUCCCAUUCCAGCAGUUUGGGGUACCGCUCGCAACGUUGAGGGACAAGGGUGCAGACGCCGAUGGAAUUCCACUGGUGAUGCGAGACACCAUCACUUUCCUGCAGGAAAAGGGUUUGCAGACAGAGGGAAUAUUCCGGCGCUCUGCUAAUGUGAAUCAAGUGAAGAACAUCAAGCUCAAAUACAACUCAGGUGAGCAGGUGAAUUUCUUUGAGCUGGAUGACGUACAUUUAGCUGCAGUAAUCUUAAAGACGUUCCUCAGAGAGCUGCCAGAACCUCUGCUCACGUACAAGCUCUACAAUGAUGUCGUCAACUUUCAGAGUGUGGACAGUGCAUCUCAAGCUCUUACAGUCCAAAACAUGCUGAUGUCACUUCCUGAAGAGAACUAUGUAUCGCUGCGGUUCCUCGUCCGGUUUCUCGGCCAGGUGUCGGCCGAAAGUGAGGUGAACAAGAUGACCAACACAAACCUGGCCGUGGUGUUCGGCCCCAACCUGCUGUGGGGACAGGACGCCGCCAUGACUCUCAGUUCCAUCGGACCAAUCAACAACUUCACCCGCGUCCUGCUCGACCUGCACAAGGACAUUUUCAGCCAGUGAAAAACCGUAGCCCUGCCACACCAUUGUGCUUUUCUCCUUUGUGUUGCCAAAUUCAUGUGUUGUAAAUGAGUGAAAGAGGCAGGUACAGGAUUUGAAAAGACUGAGGGUGAGUUUUUUCCAGGAUAUUUAUACAUGGGUUUUUUUUUUCUUUCUUUCUUUUUGGGCAUGACAAAAUCCAGACAAUCAGUAAAUUGUCUUUUCUGCUUAACCUGUUUAUAGAUGAUGUAGCUAUUAUCAUUUUCACGGUACUGGUCUCUGCUCUCAGACCAAAAUCAAACACAGAUGCAUUCCUAGAUAUACAGAAGGCUCCAAAAGUCUGAGUCCACUACCAAGAAAUUUGUCCAAACGUGUGGGGAUGAUGACACUGAGCACAUGAAGAACCGUACUGAGCUAAAAAGCGGUGUUGUUAAGAGAUGACCUUCUAAAUAAACGGUGUCAUAAUUUGAAAAUGAAAAAAGCUAUAUAAAGCUAGAUUUUGUUUUCAUGGAAGAGCAUUUUUCAAUUUUUUUAAAUGGUGGAGUUUUGGACCCUAAUGAAGUAAAGAUCGGGUUAUUGGAGAAAAUAUUCAGAUCCUUAUGAUUAGACAUAUAAUAUAUGCAUCCAUGUGGUUUACUUUUUAAGGUUUCUUUUUAAGCUUUGGGGGAUUAUUUACAUCAUUUUGACUUUGUUGUAUAGAUAUUACCUGAGGGUCAUUCACAGUAUAAGCUUUUCUGUACAAGUCCUUUCCUGUAGUCACAGCUAUGGCUCAGUAUAAAGCACUAAUACUCAAACUUGAAACACUUGUUUUUUUACCUUUAUAGGUUCUCAUUUAGUCUUUUUAUUUUUAUUACAUUUAUAAUCUUUUCUACUAUAUUGGUGUCAUCAUAUGCUUGUUUUCUAUAAUGGUCUGAUGCUGACUGAAGACGAGUCUUAAGGUUUUUUAAACAUCUGAAGCGCACUUCAUCCUAUAUUUCACACACAUUUGCUGUACAUGAUCAUAUUUAGUAGAGAUCUACAGAUUUCAGUCAUGAGCUGGAUUCAGUGUCUGGGUUUUUACUGAGUUGACAACAAUCAAAAGGACAAGUGAAACUGUCUGUAGAUGAGUCAGGACAUCUGGAACCUGAGUGUCCUGUGCUCAGUCCAUGUUGGAGGCUCAGCUUGUUGUUAUUAAUGCUGAACAACUUAGAUGUGUUACUGAAGGAAUGACUACAGCGACAAAACCACACAUCAACUUUCUCUUCUAAAACAUUUGAUGGUUUUUCUCUCUUUAGUAACAGAUAAAAAGUGAACUUCCAGCCCUUCAUAGACUUCCUUUAUCCUCCCAAAAUUGAUUUUUUCCCCUUAUUUCCAUUUUGAAACAGGUUUCUAUUUGAAAUCUUCCCUGAAUAAUCUUUUUAACUGUUCAGUAAAAGACACCUGGGACUCGAUGUUUAAUAAGAACCAUUUCCAUAUUCCUCAUCACCCAUAUAUUAUCCUGUUUCUUCCCACUCUGAACAAAUGACAGUGAAACUGUUCCCUGUUUCCCUGAACAGAGCACCACAUCUGCAUGCUGGACACAGGGUGCUUUCUACUUCAAGGAAUUUAAAUUUUUUCUGUUCUUUAUUUCCACGUCAGACUGGAAAGACAGCCAAAUAAGGUGGCAUUACCACGUAAAGUUUCAAAUCCAGUUCCUAUUCACAAUGCACCAUUUUGAGUUUUGCAGCCUAGUGGAAAAUAUCCUGUGCAUUCACAACCCUACAGUGCAGGAAAACAUGCAGCCAAGUAAACACGGAUGAACAGGGUUUUAUCUCAGAACAGUGUUAUAUGCCUCUAUAUCGAAAUGUAAUUGUUUACUGUGUAUACACACCAAUCCGUUUCCGUACAUUUUGGCUAAACAGUGCUUAAAACGUUUAGUGCACCUUCCCAGAUCCCAUGUGUUUGUGUGCCUUAUUGAAGUCUCCCCAAUAGAUUGUUGUUCUAGAUUCUAGCUGUUUUGAGCCUCUUUCCUCUGCUCGGAUCUGUGAAAUUUGUGCCUUUUUUGUUGUAAAAUCUCGACCCAGUGCCAUCCAGAUCACCUGUGCUGUGGAUUUCUGUAUUUCUACUUUCUAGCUGGAGCGCUGCUCUCUUCCGUGUGAAGGUUUCAGCGUCCGUCUUCACUGUUGUGUAAUUCUUGUCAGAUCUGUACUUUUGUAAAUGUGGUGAUAAAUGAUAUACGAAUAAUAAAAUAUAUACAGUGGUA